AUGAGAGGGAUCGCGAUGAUGGACCAGCCCAACGCGCCGAAAUGUCGUCCUUCGCGGGCCUGUGAAAUGUGUCACGAAAAGAAGAUUCGUUGCGAUAUGGUUGGAGAGCAUCCGUGCUCGCACUGCCGCAUGAAUGGCACGACCUGCCGACCACAUCAACGGCAACGCAAGCGGAAACGAUCAGUUCCACCUCCGAGCACACCGAAGGCUAUUGGAGAUAAUUUGAUUCGUCGAUACGAUGCGGCUAAUCUGCAAACUGAGCGACCAUCACAGUUGAUACAGCUAGAAAACGAUUCAAUCCCCGGAUUCAGUAGACAGGAACCAGAGAGGCCAUCAACUUUCAUAACUACGACCGCAGUUCAGCCUGAAGGUGCCGCAAACUCACCUUUACCGGACGAUGCAGCGGCCUUCGAAAAGGAAACACCGGGGAGCCAGGGGUAUCUUGGACGAUCGGAAUACCUUGGAUUGGCUGCGCCGCAACCGAAUGAGAUUCCAAAUGUACAAGACUCUGGCAGCUGCCCUCGAUUGACUGAGGAAGAGAAAGCGGUCCUUGAUAUUCACCGAGCAUUUGAUCUGCCUCCGCCUGCGGUGCAGCGGUCGCUAAUUGACAGUUUUGAGACUUACUGUGCACCUUGGAUGCCUAUUUUAGACAGCAAGCACCUACAACAGCCAAACAAACUGUCAAUACUGCUCUUGCAAAGUGUAUUCGUUGCAGGAAGUCGAGUCGCAGCGGCUUCCCAUAUCUCUGCUUCCUCGGAAACAUAUUAUCGACGCGCCAAGGCCUUAUUCUUCAGUAGCUAUGAAACUAAUCCUGUCAUCAAGAUUGCCGCAGCUUGUCUCUUGAAUUGGUGGAAUCCUCUCGGGCCCGAUAAAGUGUCACUCGAUGGGAGUGGCUUUUGGCUACGCGUUGCUGUAAGUCUGGCCUAUCAAAUUGGGCUUCAUAGGGAAUCCACAAUUGGAAAGAAUUCGAGUUACCGUCGGAGGCUUUGGUGGACACUGGUCGCCCGCGAUUGUCAAUUAUCGUCCGCUCACGGUCGACCCAGAGCGAUCAGCCUUGCUGAUUCGGACAUUGCCUUGCCAUCCCCUCGGGAUGUUACCAAUCUUCAUCAUAAUGGAGCGCUAUUUGCAGCUUAUGUGAAUAUCUCAUUGAUCCUCGGAGAAGUGACCGAGGGUUAUCUACGGCACAGAAUUACUAUGUCCAAGCGGCGAGAAAUUCGAAAUGCACUCUAUUGUUGGGUCAAUGAAUUGCCAAGCAAUCUACGCCUCUUCAAUCAGGAACGCAAUGGGCAGUUGAAUUCAUAUAACCUUCGCGUACGGUCACUACAUGUUCCAUAUUUUGUCAUCCUGACAAUCCUCUAUCGCUCUGAAUCAACCUCCGAGUUUCCGAUCACCAUCGCCGCAGUUGCAUCCUCAUUCCUGGCCGGUAUAUUUGAAGAGUUCCUAGCUCGCGAUGAGUUCCGCUUCCAAUCUCCGGUGUUCAAAUUUUACGCUUUCGCCGCUGGCAUGGCGCAGGCACAUACACGAGCGUUUUUGUCUACGCCAUCCGACGUUGUGGAAGAGCAGACGGGAAUAAUUAACUCUUCACUGGCUGCACUCGCCACACGCUGGCCCUCGGCAAAUGAUAACAUUCUGGUUCUUCAGAAUGCGAACAAGAAGAUGACGGUACAUGACCGGAAACCCAGUCUUGCACCUCUACCCAGUUACCACGAGGCGUAUUCCCUGUUCCACGCCAUGGGUCCUGACCUAUGUCGAUUGUGGCACCUGAUCCAACCAAAUUUUGACACAAAUGUCCCACAAAGGCACUCCCUCGGGGACACUCAAUGGCAGUCGAGUAGUGCCGCCAUGGUGUUGCAGCCAGAGGAUCGAGAUUCACGGGGCAUUCAAUCUAAAAAUCAGGUUGAAUUCAAUCCCAACAUACCUUCCACGGAUAUUUAUGACCCAAUACCACUACUCGAACAACCGGACACCAUUGGUAGUUUGGAGGAUGAUGGUUCAAUCUGGAAUUGGCCGGUAAUUGAAUCCAGUGGGAGCUGGCUACUGGGUGAGAUACCUGGUGUUCUCUUUCACGAGCCAAUAUAG